UACUGGGAGAGGGGGAAAGUGUGAGGUGAGGAAAUGACCGGGCUGUUAUUUUUAAGACGGCUGUAACUACUUUGAAAAGAGGAGGCAGAGGUGGAACGCGCGUCAGGAGGGAUGUAGUAUUGCUGACUCUGGAGGAGCGAGUAAGACACAAGUGGAUAGGAUGGGUGGAGGUGCCAUCAGCAACAUGCUGGAGACCUGAAAAAAUACUGCUGCAGCUGCUGAGAACCCCUGCUACCCACACCCCACCCAUGACUUUGUAUAGUGAAAUGUUGAUUGGUGUGCCUCAAACUCUGUAAUGGAAAAUCGUGAUGAUGAAACUGAGCAGCACCACAGCACAAUGGUCGGAGAGGGGGGCAGUACUGGGGACAGCACCCCUCCCCCAAAGCGUAAAGGCAAGUUCUCGACCCUUGGCAAGAUCUUCAAGCCAUGGAAGUGGAGGAAGAAGAAAAGCAGCGAGAAGUUCAAAGAAACUUCUGAAGAGCUGGAGAGAAAGAUGUCAACAAGGCGCACCCGACAGGAGCUUAUAGAUCAAGGGGUGCUGAAGGAGGUCCCGGACAAUGAUGGAGAAACACAAAAUGUGAAGCAGUCCUAUGUAAAGAAUGGCCACACUUUGCCUGUCGGGGUUGGCGGAGGAGGAGGGGGGGGAGGAGGAGGAGGAGGGGUCAUCAGUGGCGGCAGGAGCCCGUGUAACCAGGGCCAACUCCCCUCAGAUUCAGAUUUUAGGAUGAACCCUGCAUGGCUCACCCAGCCAGAUGACCGAAGGGGCCGUUCUCCCUCAGAUGGAGACCGCCGUGGAGUUUUGGGCUCCAGGGGCACAGGACUGCACGACAAUGGACGGAGAAGCGCAGGGAUUGGGGCACGUGCGCAAGGGGAAGGAGAGUGGAAGCCUAACUUGGCCUGGCAGGGCCAGAUUCAUGGGCAAAUAGAGGAGGGCAGACAUGGGGGCAGGCUUCACCCUGAAGAUGGGCAAAAGAGGCCAGGGCUGCAGAAAGCCCCAUCCGAGGAUGGCAGGAGGAGUCGGCCUGCAGAAGGAGACUGGAAGCCUACACUCCCUCGGCAUGCCUCUGCUGAAGAGGGGAGGGCUCGGAGGGAAUCAGACAGCCAUUUUGCCCCUGACCUGGACACCCUGCGUGAACCUCUGCCGCCCAAACAGUCGAUCAUGCCUCCAAAAUGGCUGAUGACCACCACCCCUGAACCUGGCAGUGAGGGUCCACCUCGAACUCCAUCCAACCACCCCACGAGCCAGUACUCUUCUCCGUCGACAGUGACGGCCAAGCCUGUUCGAUCAGUGUCUUCUGCAGGUUCCAACACUCAGCAGUCUUCAACCGCAGCCCUUACCUCCACUUCUCAGCCCCCCAAGCAGCCCCCGCUGCCUCCACCGAAGCCCAUGAACAGGGGGAACGCAGCCAUGCUGGUCUCCGCCCUGCAGGGGGGAGAAAACGCUCAGCUUCCGCUCUACUGGUCCUGCUGGAAGCGAGAGUGCGACUAUGAUGUCUACCUGUCCCUGCCUGUCUACCUGUGCCGGCGGGCCGGAGGCCUGCGCUCAGGUGACUUCACCCAAGGCACAGGGGGCGCCAGCCUUGUGCCAGCCAAGCCCUCUCCUCCGAUGCCUCCCAAGAGGACCACUCCAGUCACCAAACGCAACAUGGAGGACUCUGCUUCAAGCCAUCCCAUCAACCCCUCACCACUUUCUCUGGAGGACCCCAGCAUCCUCCCUGUGGGCUUCCAGCUGCCUCCCCCUCCUCCCUCCCCACCCCUGCCGACUCACAUACCACCUUCUCCACCCCGCCAACACAUACAGACCCACCACCUCCACCAUCAGCACUCCUACCCCCACCCGCUGCCCCAACCCAUACCAAUGCUGUUUGAUCCACCAAGCCCAACCAACGAGUCUCCCCAGCGCCCGGCUCCUGUACCACUGCACAUCAUGAUCCAGCGAGCCCUGUCCAGCCCCGGCCCGGCUCAGCCGCAUCCGGAUGGGUCACAGCGGGCACACGCACUGCUUUUUGAAACACCUCUAGAAUACCAAGGAGAUCGUGGUCGCCCCCUGCCUGUCAGCAUUCAACCACUAAAACUAUCUGAAGAUGACUACUCAGAGGAAGAAGACGAGGAAGAAGAUGACGAGGAAGAGGAGGAGUAUGAUGGGGAGAUUCCACAGCCAGAGCUGGAGCCAAGGAGUCGCCGGUGCUUGGUGGGUGACGCUGGCGUUUGUGUCAUCCCACGGGGAAAUAGCAAUGAGGAGGAAGAGGAGGAGGAGGAAGACGAAGAUGAAGAUGAAGAGGAGGAGGAUGAGGAAGGAGAACACGACAUGCACGGGGAGGACAGUGACUCAGAUGGUCCCGUUCAUAAAGAUGAAGACUCAGAUGAAGAUGAGGAUGAGCCCCCCUUGAGUGCUCUGGCCAGCAGGGUGAAGAGAAAGGAUACCCUGGCUCUGAAGCUGAGCAGCCGUCCCUCUGCUCCCGACAGGGACAGGUUUACACAGGAGAGGAGCAGCAGAGAUGACCAACCUCCGGGACAGACUGGCCUCACCUGGCAGAGCAGGGAGCAAUGGGAGGCCAUUCGCACACAAAUCGGCACUGCACUCACAAGACGACUAAGCCAGAGACCCACAGCUGAGGAACUGGAGCAAAGAAACAUCCUGCAGCCUAAAAAUCAGGCUGACAGACAAGCUGAAGUUCGAGAGAUCAAGCGGCGGCUGACCAGAAAGCUGAGUCAAAGACCCACAGUUGCAGAACUACAAGCGAGAAAAAUCUUGCGAUUCCAUGAGUAUGUGGAAGUCACAGAUGCCCAGGACUAUGACAGAAGAGCAGACAAGCCAUGGACUAAGCUGACUCCGGCUGAUAAGGCUGCCAUCCGGAAGGAGCUCAAUGAUUAUAAGAGCACUGAAAUGGAGGUUCAUGAAGAGAGCAGAAUUUACACAAGGUUCCAUCGGCCUUAACACCCCAGCUUGCGGAUAAAGAAGCACUUAAGAUCUCUGGCAAGAAGCAGCUGCUCCCUAUGCAGACAGAUCGCCCUUUUGCGUCUCUAGAAUGUACUGUUAUCAGGGAAAGCCUGGAACUGACUUCAAACGAAAAAUGCUUCUUGCUUGUCCUCCAUCGCCCUCUCACUACAUUGCUUUCACUAAACCGAGGUGUUGGUGGGUGCGGACCAGAUGCAGUAUUUCUCCCGUACGGCAGGGGGAACCACGUGCCAAUAAAGUUGAGAAGUGGCAGAGGACCUACAGGGCUUACUCUCACUCUGCUGUUGUGUGGUGCCCCUCAGGGACUCGGAUAUAGUUACAACCUUUAAAGCGGCCUCGUCCUGUGUUGCCUUUUUUUUUUUCUUCUUCUUUACUGUAUAUGGAAAAGCUAACUCAUCUUGUUAAUGUAUUAACAUAGAAUAAAAAUGGUAAUAAUAAUGAUGACCUAUAACACUUCACACAGUAAUAAUAGACACAGACGGCUACGUCAGGAGCUGGCUGGAGGGUGGAGACUGGGAUAUUCUGUUUUAGAACUGGACAUCUCUGGGAUAUCGUGUGUUUUUUAUCCAUUGUGUACAGACUGCUGUUGUGAUACAUUAGAAUGAAACUGGAAAAGAUCUAAUUGCAAAAUAUUCUGUAAUGCACAAAAUAUUUUCUAUUGUAAUUUUGAUCACAAGAGUAGUGACAGCUUUUCUUUGAGCCCUCCUUUCUUUUCUUUUUUUCCGGCUUGCCUGUGUUUGUGGUUGUGAUGUGAGUUGGCUUUUUUAAGCAUCAAACUAGUUCUAGAAAAGGGUGCAGGUCAGGAGGCUGUUGGUGUUUUAACGUGUGCCAACAUACCCGAUACCUAAAGGACUAUAGGAUACUGGUUUUCAUAUCACUGCAUGAGCCAUUACAGAAUCCAGUGCCAGUGGGUCUGGAUAUUUUCUCUUCAUU